AUGUGGUGCGGACAUGAGAGGCACCGCGACCACGGGCUUCCCUGCUUCCACUGCGAUCCCCGAGGGUACAUCAGAAUGGUAUGCUUGAACUACGAUUUCGAUACUUCCUGGUCUCCGUUUGGAGAAUCCGCCAUGUUUCAUGGGUACGAAGAGCUGAAGAGCGGAUGUGCAGGUUCAGCAUUUGAUUGAGAAGUGCUUGGUCCUCCGCAUGAGCUGGGACGACACCGUCCAUGCCCUCGCCAGGCGCGCCGGCAUUCGACCGCUCAUCACCCUCACCGGUCUGUCUCCUCUCUCUCUCUCUCUCUCUCUCUCUCUCUCUCUCUCUCUCUCUCUCUCUCUCUCUCUCACACACACACACACACACACACACUCACUCAUUCACUCACUCAUCUGUACCUCUCUAUCUCUCCCCCAAGUAUUGAGGUUAUGGUUGAUUGCUGCAGUGUGGAAAGAACUGCUAAAAGAGAACAGAAGCUUCUUUCAUGAGUACUUCCGAGAAAUAUCAAUCAGGCCUUCAGUUUGUGAGUCCUUGCGGCCUUCUUACUCCAUUCACUAG